AUGCCAACAAUAACUUACACCUUCGGAAUCGUAAAAUGGUCAGACACCGAUAUCGGGAACAUUGAGAGAACUACCCGUGUAUUAUUGACAAAAUAUCAGUUCCAUCAUCCUAAUUCCGCUACUGAACGAGUAACUUUGCCAAGAGCUGAAGGGGGAAGAGGUCUCGUUGACCUAAGGCGGCUUUAUUCCAAGCUAAUAAAAAACUUACAAAAUUACUUUCUCAGCAAAGAGUCGUCUCCCUUACACCAAAUAGUCACGUUAGCGGAUAAUGGCUAUACUCCACUGGAUCUUCUUCAUUCUAAAGAAGUUGAGCCCUUGGUUGCAGAUGCCGAAUACCUUAAGACCAAACUUAACCAGUGGGCCUCAAAACCACUACAUGGAAGAAUACAAUUCGUCGUUGACGCCGCAAAGGGGCGUACCUCAAUUUUUCAAGACUUAAUUGUAAAUACAAAUAAGAUUAAUUUUAUGAUGAAAAAAAGCUAG